CUCUUCUUAUCAGUAUUCAUUCCAUGGCGAGCUUCAGCUUCAACACCACCAGAAUCAGAACCCCAACUCUUCAAUCUCACAAACCCAUCUCUCGCUCUAAACCCACCAGACUUCCCUCUACUUUCACUUCAAACAACCUCCCAAAGCUUCACCAUUUCCGACCAAACUCCGUGUCGGAAACCUCCGUCUCAACGCAACAAAUAGACGAACAAGAAGUCGAAGAUGACCCGACUGCCGAACUGAGCUACCUGGACCCGGAAACCGACCCGGAGAGCAUUACGGAGUGGGAGCUGGACUUCUGCUCCAGGCCCAUUUUGGAUAUCAGAGGAAAGAAAGUGUGGGAGCUUGUGGUUUGUGAUGAGUCUCUUUCUUUACAGCACACAAAGUACUUCCCUAACAAUGUCAUCAACAGCAUUACUUUGAAAGAAGCCAUAGUUGCCAUUAGUGAUGAGCUAGGUGUGCCUCUGCCCGAGAAGAUUCGAUACUUCAGGUCACAGAUGCAGACCAUUAUAACAAAAGCCUGUACCGAGCUUGGGAUAAAGCCUAUUCCGAGUAAAAGGUGCCUGUCACUGCUUUUGUGGUUGGAAGAACGCUAUGAGACUGUAUACACACGCCAUCCUGGUUUCCAAAAAGGUUCAAAGCCUCUCCUUGCACUAGAUAACCCUUUCCCCAUGGAACUUCCAGAAAAUCUUUUUGGAGAAAAAUGGGCCUUUGUCCAACUGCCCUUUUCAGCUGUCCAGAAGGAAAUCUCAUCCUUGGACUCGAAUCUGGUGUUUGGAGCAAGUCUGGAUUUGGAUCUGUUGGGGAUUGAAAUUGAUGAUGACACAUUGAUUCCUGGAUUGGCUGUUGCGUCUUCACGUGCUAAACCACUCGCAGCUUGGAUGAAUGGGUUGGAAGUUUGUGCGAUUGAAGUUGAUUUUGCACGGGCGUGCUUGAUUCUUUCUGUCGGAAUUUCUGGCCGGUAUAUUUAUGCUUCAUAUAAGAAAAGUCCAGUGACAACAAAGGAAGCCGAAGCUUGGGAAGAAGCAAAGAAGGCUUGUGGAGGCUUGCAUUUCCUUGCCAUCCAGGGGGACUUGGAAUCAGAUGACUGUGUUGGAUUUUGGCUUCUUCUAGACUUGCCACCUCCACCUGUAUAGUAGUCUCAGUUGUUCAAAUGUUUUGUAAGGAAAUUACUGUUACACGAUAGUUUCUCAG